UUUCGUUUACGCUCACAAGUCCGGCUCCGACUACGAGAACAGUCAAUAAGGAGCCUUCGAGAAGAUCACAUAUCCUGGCCUGAUUCAGGCCGACCAUGGCUGUCGACGUUCAGUCGAUCCUGCAGCUCGUAUUUUGUUUGUCAAUGAUCAUUUCAUUGAAUCUGAUCGAUGCUCGACCGAACCGCGUUGAUUUUGAACUUUUCACUUGGGAAAAUGACAAUUGCUCCUCAGUGAACAAGGACGAUUUAUUUCUUGAAGAGGAAAGGGAAACGAAUAGAUACAUAAACGAGAAAGAUGUACUAUUAAACGAAACUAAUGGUGGUUCAAAUAACGAAGAUAGCAGAGGAUUUUCCUUUGGCGACAUCGUAGAAUCAAUGUUUUCUGCAGUGGCGAGUGGACUUGGGUCUAUCGUCACCAGUUUCAUAGGCACAGAGAAAAGCUCCAAACCACGAUCUACCAGGGUUAAUUACAGAAACUAUCAAUUAAUCAGAUUGUUCCCUAGCAGUCAGAGCCAGGUGAAAGAAUUGAAGGAACUUAUGGAUACUGAACCUGAGGAUGUAAAAUUCUGGACACAACCGAUGAGCAACAAGACGACAGACGUGGUGGUCUCGCCAGAUCUUGUCUCAGAUGUGAAGACGUUUCUCAGGAAUAAAGGAAUUGACUUCAAAGUGCUGAUAUCCGAUCUUCAGAAAAUGAUAGCUCAUCAAAAUCCAAAGAUGAGCAAAGAACAACGCGAAGAUCUCGUCACCAGUCGAGGUCACAGCAUGACUUGGAAGAGAUAUCAUCGAUACGGAGAUAUCGUUAGAUACAUGGAAUAUUUAGCCUUCAGGUACCCAAGGCUGGUAGAAUUGAUAACAAUUGGCAACAGUUUUGAGGGGCAACCCAUUAAAAUGGUGAAAAUUUCAUCUGGUCCAACUAAGGAUGGCGAUGACAAACCAGCGAUCUGGAUAGAUGCCGGUAUGCACGCACGUGAAUGGAUCAGCACCGCAGUCGCGACCUACAUUAUGAGCCAGCUGGUCGAGAAGAACAGCAGCUACUCAAAAUUGCUGGACAGUUCCGAUUGGAUGAUUCUACCUGUCGCGAAUCCUGAUGGCUACGAGUUCACUCACACUGGUGACAGAUUGUGGCGAAAGACUCGAAGCAAUCAUGGGGAUGAUCAGGACGACAGUCGGUCCGUCCAUUAUAGUCUGCUUCAGUUGGUGAGCCAUUAUACUAGAUGGUUAUGGGGUAAAUGCGAGGGUGUCGACCCGAAUCGUAAUUUUGGAUACCAUUGGGGUGAAGUGGCGGAGGGUGGGGCGAGUUUGGACCCUUGCCACGAAACAUACGCUGGUCCGCACGCGUUCUCCGAGCGGGAAACCAAGGCGAUGGCCGAGUACAUACUGGCCAACAAAGAGAAUAUUAGGAUGUACUUAACAUUGCACUCCUAUUCACAAAUGUGGCUGGUGCCAUGGGGAUACACGUACUCGAAACCCUCUGACUAUUCCGAAUUAGUGAGUGCAGCGAAAAAAGCUAUCGGUGCAAUUUCGAAGGUGCACGGUACCAAUUACAAACUUGGUCCGUCAGCUGAUUUAUUGUAUCCGACUUCAGGUACGACAACGACGAGAGUAAAUAUUUUGUCUACGGGAACUAGAAAAUAUUGGAUUGUGAUCGUUUUCUGUCAUAGAGUCAUUUUCAAGGUCAAAACACAUCAUUUCUAUAUGUUUAUUAUUACUUCUUUAUUAAUUUACAUCUUCAGACUAAUAAUUUUAGGUAUUGAAGAUUCAAUGUGUUCCUGAUUUUCCACUCAAAUUUAAAUUCACUUGUAAUAAAAAAUGAAGGAAGUCUAAAUAUUUUUUCUUAAAUGUCACGUUUGGACCCUUUUUGGUACCAUUUAACUUUAAUUUUUUAGGCUCUUCUGAUGAUUGGGCCAAAGGUGUA